AUGCCGCUGGCGGUGCUGGGGGCACUCCUGGUGCUGCCCAGCAUGGCGGAGGCCGAGGACACCUACAACCUGGCUGUGAACACCGCCAGGGUCUGGCUGACGCAGAUGGAGGAGGUCGCCGCUGAGGCGCAGGACGCUGCCGCCACCGCAGGCUUGCCACCCGUCGACCUCAACUUCACCAUCACCCGAGACCACAGCAUGCAGCUGGAGGGGUACAUGGUGGCCGCCGACGGCCAGUUCCCAUUUGGCUGGUCCCCUUCUGAGAUCUUCUACAAUGCACCCGCGCUGGCCUCCACCCCCCUCAGGCUGGACGCGUGUGCUGUGGCCGCCAUCCUCACAGGCGACAUCCGCUCCUGGGACGACCCGCAGCUGGUGGAGCUCAACCCUGAGUCCCCCCUGCCCGACCUGCCCCUGACCCUGGUCUACCUCAACCUCUCCAUGCCCAUCACUCAGUCCCUGACCCAGUACCUGUCUGCCGAAUGUCCCGCCUGGGAGUAUGGCGUGACAGACAACCUGGAGGACGUGGUGGCGGCGUGGGGCGACGACCUCAUUUCCAGCGCGGAUGUGGGCGGCACGUGGCAGGCGGUCAACGCCACCCCCGGCGCCAUCUCCAUCGGCGGCUCCAUGCCGGUGGGGCAGUACGUGGCGGAGUACCCGGCCGCCAUGCAGUACGCCGUACUGCAGGUCGCCGACGGCACCUUUGUGCCGCCCGACGGCCAGCUCAACGAGACGGCGGUGGCGGAGCUGGCGGCGCGGGCGCCCAUCCCCGCCAACGCCAGCGGCGACUGGGCCUACAUGUAUGCCACCCCGCCCGGCCUGUACCCCAUACUGUACUGGGGCUUUGCCACCGUACCGCGGGACCUCACCGCCAAAGGACCGCGCGGGCACUACAUCAAAGACACGGUUGGGUACCUUCUGACUGAGGAGGGGCAGGCCAUGGUGGCCGCCACAAACGAGUACCAGCUGCCCGGCCAGCUGAUGCCCGCUGCCCUCGAGUUCUGGAAAAGCAUCAAGGUCAGCGAGGACCAGGUGGUGACGGGGAUCCCCACGCCCGCCAGCGAGGCCCACACCCCGACGCCGGCCCCCGCCCCCUCGCCCGCCAGCAGCAGCUGCCGCACGGUGUCCCUCGCCCCGCUGCUGGCCGUGGUGGCAGCUGCCGCCGCCGCUCUGGCCCUAGCAUGA